AACUAUACCUCUCAUUCCAUCCUGAUGAUCCGACGGUAGCUGCUCGCAUCUCAGCUUGUCAAGACGCAUCACAGCUUGCCAAGACAGAACUGCUUGUGGUUCCAGCAAACCUAUCGUUUCAUCACAAUAUCACCACCAAGUUGGGCACAUUAACCAUAACUCCUUCAAAAACAGCUAGAAGCCUGAUUUUCUCAGCUCACAUUGCAAAAAUUGUCCGGUCCUGUAGAUUUGUUUUAUUUAACAUCAAGAAGAUCAGGCCCUUUCUUUCUGAACAUGCUGCACAACUCCUUGUUCAAGCUCUUGUUCUGUCCAGGCUGGACUAUUGCAAUGCUCUCAUAGCAGACCUAAUGGCACUGAAAGAGGAGAGUGAAGUACUCAAUGAAAUGGAAGAGAAAGAUUGUGAUUUCAUAAAUGGAGAAACAUCUUUGAUUUGUUCACAGACUGAAAACACUUCCUCAAGAAAAAGGACUCAGAAGACAGGAGAGAAGCUAUACACAUGCCAACAGUGUAAAAGGAGUUUUACUCAACCUAGAUACCUGGAAGUCCACAUGAGAGUUCACACAGGAGAGAAACCUUAUACCUGCCAACAGUGUGGAAAGCAUUUCGGUCAUAGAGUAACUCUUAAAAGACACAUUAGAAUUCACACUGGAGAGAAGCCAUACACAUGCCAACAGUGUGGAAGGAGUUUCAUUCAACCUGGUCAACUUGGAGCCCACAUGAGUGUUCACACUGGAGAGAAACCUUACAAAUGCAAACAGUGUGGAAGAAGUUUCAGCCUGAAAGGAAAUCUUAAUUGCCAUAUGAGAAUUCAUACUGGAGAGCAGCCUUACACACAUGAUCAGUGUGGAAAGAGUUUUGAUCAACAUGACAUCCUUGAAGUCCACAUGAGAACUCGGAGAGAAAAAUCCUACAUAUGCCCCGAGUGCGGAAAGUGGUUUAAUCAUAAACGACGCUUUGAAGACCACAUUAAAAUUCACACUGGAGAGAAGCCUUUCACCUGCCAAGAAUGUGGAAAAUGUUUCCGCCAAAAAGGAAACCUUGACAGGCACAUGACAGUUCACACUGGAGAGAAGCCGUUUAUAUGUUGUCACUGCGGAAAGAGUUACAGAUAUACAGCAGGACUCAAGUACCACAUGAGGUUUCACAAAUGAGAGAACCAUACUUUUACAUUAUAAGUGUGACAUGAGUCAUGUAAUGACACCAGAGAAAAGCCUUUGUUGUGCAGUCACUGAGGAAAGAUUUGCAAAAACAAGACAAACACCACUGAUAUAAUUCAAAAAAGCUAAGCAGUGGAUUUGUUAACACCCGUGUAUGAAAUGGGUUUUGUUUGGUCGGAUCACUAAUAUACCGUCUCUAUAUCACUUCUUUCCCCAUUUUUUUUAAUGUUCUAUUUAAUACUUAUUUUAUUUUAUGCUGUAAAGCCCAUUGGACACCUGCUGCUAUUGCAAAUGGUGCUAUAAAAAUCUAACUUGAUCUUGAAACUUGAAUGAAAGAUCUGAAAGAUCCCAUGCAUUUAAAUAAAUAAAAUAUGCUUGUGCAAUUUACAUAAAAACUUAAGCCUAGAGUUAAAAAUAAAAUAUAGACUUAAGCAGUGCCUAGUGAAAGUAAAAAGGAAUCAAUAAAUUGAGAAGGGGGUGAAUUAACAACAAUAGUGCGAUAUAAAGAGGUUUAUGAUGUAAAAAAUUUAAUUGCAUUAACAAAUUAGUUGAAACAAGCAGAUAAGAUCAAGUGUGCAAAGUACUUAAGGAUGGAGCACUGAUGGUAAUAUGUAUUAGUGAACAGCAGAAGAAUAAUGUGAUUUAAAAAUAAAGUUUAAGUUAAAUGAAAAUACUAUGUGAUGUCAUAGUCCAGCUCAGUUCAAAUAAUAUCUGUGCAAUCAAGUCUACGCUAUCGCUGGAAAUGAAGUGUCCCCAACUAAACAAGACAAAGAUGCCAAGGAACCAAGACUUCAUCAGUGACAGAAUGGAGGAAAUAAAACCUUGGGAGAAAUCAGGCUCAGUUUGAGGGGCCAGUCCUUCUUCGACCAAACGAAACCAGCUGUUCAGUUCCAGGCUGCAGCAAAGUCAGAUUGUGCAGAGUACUCAACGGGUUUCUGUGGUCUUGACCUCCUUGGCCGUCUAGGAGACAAGGUCUUCACUGGGAAUCUCUCCGGGGCUCAUCUAGUUGUCCUGGUCUCCACUGACAUACAGGGUGACUUCGUUGACCCUGACUUUGAACAUUUGACUAAUAUUAGUGUAGAGUACACUUUUCUUAUGAUGUAAGAAGUACACCCGGUUUUAUUGGAAGUGUUCCCAGUUCCAGUUGACCUAAUUAAUCCAGCCUAACAAUCCUUUAAUGGGGUUUGUUAGUGUGUUAUGUGUAUGCUGGUUAAAGAGAUGGGUCUUUAAUUUAGAUUAAGACUGACAUAAUUUCUUGGCCUCCCAAACAAUGUUAAGUAGGUUAUUCCAGAGUUUUGGCACUAAAUAAGAAAAGGAUCUGCCACCUGUAGUUUAUUUUGAUAUUCUAGUUAUCAUCAAAUUGCCAGAGUUUUGAGAGCACAGGGUACGUGAAGGACUAUAAGUAGUACUAAUGAAGGGAUACAACCACGAUCCGAUGAUAAGAGCAGGUCAUUUGUAACUCUAAGGAGAACAGUCCCAGUACUAUGAUAUGGUCUAAAUCCUGUCUGGAAAUCCUCACAGAUACUGUUUUUCUCUAAGAAGGAAUAUAACUUUGAGGGUACUACCUUUUCUAGCAUCAAAUUCAAGGUACCGAUGCUUGCUUACAAGACGACCACUGGCAUUGCACCAACAUACCUAAACUCACUGGUUAAAUCUUAUGUGCCCUCCAGAAGUUUGCGCUCUGCAAGUGAACAACGCCU